CGAGUGUCGAGCAGGAAGGGAAAGCGCCAUUCCGCGAGACCAAGGCGAAACUCCGGCCAUCCGCUUCUACACCGUUUGCGACGAGUCCAGAGCUCUGCAGAUAUCUAAUAGUGAGAAACGUGCCGGCAUUAGGAUGCAGCGAAAGAGCUGUCGAAGUUGUUAGGAUCAUAUGGAGAUAUUGAAGCGGAAGUUGUGUUUUCCAAUUUCUUCCUUUUGCUGUGUAAUCCUUGGUUUUGGUGCUUUGUUGUAUGACGAGUUUAGCUGUGUAAACCUAUGGAUGCAGAAGACUGUGAACCUUUUACUGAUGUUUAUUGGAUUAAAAUUUUCACAGGCCAGCAAUGCUAGGAGGGAUAGGAUCAACGGAAGGAUAAAGACUCUCCAGAAGCUGGUUCCCAACUCAAGCAAGAAUGAUAAAGUGCCAAUCCUUGACGAGGCAAUCGAAUACUUGAAUGUGCAACAUGCCACGAAUGAUGAUGACCAUGAACAUGCUGCAGCUUCAGACGUCUAUGAUGGCUCCACUGGGCAUAGGGAAGAUGGACCUGAACUCAGUUGGAAGGCCUGGGCACACUGGAAUAACUCCAAUCAUCCCAUCCUCUGCCCUUCUCCCUCCUGCAGAGAGACCUUUGGAAGCCUCAACCAGCAGAAUGGCAUGAUCCACUGCCACUGCAUGGGCUGAUCCUUUCUUUCCUUUUCCUGCUUGUCCUCAACAGCAACCGAAGUGCAUGGAAGUCUAGAAUAACAUGGCUACCUUGUACCACAAGCUAUUCCAGUUGAACCCUCCAGCCAAUCGCAGGACUUAAAUGAGACUAUUUUUCUUCUUUCAUGUCAUGUGCUUGCUGCUGUACAGACUUCCUACAUCGUGUAGUUUACAUGGAUUCUCGUUGUAAUUUUGAAUGUUACAUGUACUUGAAUAUUUUUCCAUGUUGAAAUUCUGUGGAAAAAAUGGGGAACAAAGAAAGGAAAAAAGAAAAAGGACAUUCUAUAUGGGAGGAUUGACACAAAUCACUCAAGCUGAUAUUUGCUCCCUCAUGAGAUUUGGAAUUGAUUCUUUACCGCAAAAAAAAAAAA